AUGGGUCUUCUGCUACUUCAGACAAAAGUCAGAAGGAGAAGAAGAAACAGGCAGAAAAGGCAAAAGCUUCAGACAAAAGUGAGGAGGAGAAGAAGAAACAGACAGAAAAGGCAAAUGGCAAACAAAAGACCAAGAAUAAAAGAGAAAAGGCUCAGUUCAGAUAACCCGAGCAAAAAAGUAGCUACCAAGAAAUCAAAGAAAAACGAAGAAACCCAGGUGGAGGUUCAUUCCAGGGCGCAGCAGGAGUCGAUGGAGGAGGAAUUGUCGGUUGGCUCAGAUGUAGAGAUUGAAGACGAGUUCGGUUUGAAAGAGCAGUUUGUUAGCUUUGGGUACUACGGACAUGAUGAUGAUCACGUCGGCAUUGAAUCCCUCAGUGAGCUUACACAGCACGUCAGCACUACAGAGGACCUCACCUUCAAACUCCCUUGGAUUACAUUCAAGAAACUCAGUGAGGUCAGCAAGCGUCCCAACAAGAAAGCCAAAGAUUGCGUGGUAGGAGAUGUUGCAAGUAUGAUCAGGGAGGGGAGCAUCGAUGUAAUUAAAUCUCUCCUAGGUUGGAAAAGAGACCAUUUCAAGGAGGGUGAUGCAGCUAGUGAAGAGAUUUGGAACUUUGCAUGUUCCCAGUUGACUGACCUUUUUGAUGACACACAAACUGUGGCCGACCUUGAAGCCGGAGGCAAGCGACAUUUCGAAAAAAGUGGCCGUCCUUGGAUUCGAAAGCACGUUCGAGCUCUUCCAGGUCAUUGA